AUGUUAAAUAAUGAAUUAAAUUUGUUGGUUAAGAAAGCAUACAAGCAUAAUACAUUAAGUAAUUUACACAUAUGUAUAUUCCUUUUAGCUCCUUUAAUAUCUUAAUUUAGGAAAUAAAUGAUAAUAAAUUCUAGACUUACAGUACGAAACAAGAGUAAAUAAGAAAAUAUCAGAUAAGCAUCAACAAUUUAAACAAUUCAAUAGAUGAAAAGCAAUUAAUUUAGUGGACGAAAUAGCUCAAAAUUGGGAAGCUCUAUUUUAAUUGUUAAAUAAGAAAGAAGAAAUACAUCAUCUCCUUAAAAAAUUAUGCGUAUGCUGUCACUUUAUUAAAAUGAAAACAUAUCAAAACUAUCUGAUAUCUUAGCUGAAAUUAGUAAAAUAGAUUUAGAAACCGAUAUUAAGCAUAAGAGUUAAACCUUAUAAUUAAGAAAUAUCAGAAUAAAUAAAUAACAAUUUACCAAAUUUUUGGAAAGAAUUUACCCAAAAAUUAUAUGUGAUUAAAUUGCUAAAUCUUUGAAAAUUCCAUAAGUAUUAAAUGCUUAAGAAUAUAAAUAAUUGAUUGAAAAAUUAGAAAAUUUAGAUUUAAAAUAGUAAAUUCGGCUAUGCUUUUUAAUUUAUGAUUUCAAUAAUUAAGGAUACAUAACAACGCAUGAUUUAGUAGAAAUAUAUAAAAAUAAUAAUAAUUAAGCAAUUGAAAUGGAUUUAUUACAUAUGAUCAAAUCAACUAAAACAUAAAUAUCAAAUUAAAUUAAUAAUGACAUUCAAUAAAGUAAUUCUAUUCUACUCCCAUCAAAUUUACUUAAAGUUAAAUUAGAUAAGAGUGUCAUUUUAUAAUAAAGAAGAUAAUCAUUAAUACUUCAUGAUUAAAGAGUUCGAUGUAUGACUCGAAUUAGUUAAAGAAAUUCAUUUGAUUUAACUUAAGAGAUAGAGUAAGAUACCAUUUAAUAAAACAAGAAUUUAACACCAAUUCAAAAAGUAGUUUUGAUUACUUAAAUUACUAAAAUGGAAUAAAAUAAUAAUUCAACAGAUAAUUUGAUCUAAGACUUAUAAAAUUAUAAAACUGAAAAAUAAAAAAAUAGGAUUCAGGUUAAUAAGGAUGAUAAUAAGAUCAAAACAGACUUAAAUGCAUUUAUUAAUAUAUGGUUUCCAAAUAAGCCCAAUUUAUUUUAAGAUAUUAUAAAAACUCUUACUGAGAAAAAUUGA